AUGGAACAGAAAAAUGGCAGUUCUUUCACGGGGUUUAUCCUGCUGGGGUUCUCUGACCGGCCUCAACUGCAGCUAGUCCUCUUUGUGGUUCUCCUGAUCUUCUAUCUGUUCACUCUGCUGGGAAACACCACCAUCAUUGCCUUGGCCCACCUCGACCCACAUCUACAUACUCCCAUGUACUUUUUCCUCUCCAACCUAAGCUUCCUGGACCUGUGUUACACGACCAGCAGUGUCCCGCAGCUCCUGGUUCAUCUCAGGACAGCAGACAAGUCUAUCUCAUUUGGUGGCUGUGUAGUUCAACUGUUUGUCUUCUUAGGGCUGGGAUGCACGGAAUGCGUUCUCUUAGGGGUCAUGGCCUUUGACCGCUAUGCAGCCAUCUGCAAGCCCCUGCAGUACACCGUGAUCAUGCACCCCCGUCUCUGUGCCCUCAUGGCUUCUGCAUCGUGGUUCAUUGGUUUUGGCAACUCCUUAUUGCAGACAGUGCUCAUCUUCCUUUUACCACUUUGUGGGAGAAAUAAAAUAGACCACUUCCUUUGUGAGAUCCCCGCACUGCUCAAGCUUGCCUGUGUUGACACCACUGUGAAUGAGUCUGAGCUCUUCUUUGCCAGUGUGAUCAUUCUCAUUGUACCUGUG